AUGGCGGCCAAGAAUAACUCGAAGGAGACUCGCGGCGGAAAGUGGCGCGAAGUUGAGCUUAAGGUAUUUGCAACUGUACUCGCAGACGACCGAAAUGAAUUUGCGUUGGCUUUAGAGACCCUGGCGCUUAAAAAGUCAGCCAAUUUUCAUAUUUUUCAAAAUAUUAAGAAAGAACUCGAUGCUCGUUUGCAGACGGAGAACAUACCAUGUUCUAAGAAAGGAAAAGAGAAGGCAAUCGAGACAUCAGUUGUAAAGCUGCGAGCAAAAUAUAAAUGGUUGAAAGAACAGUGGAGAAAAUUCACCGACAGGGCAAAGUCUGGCAGUGGAAAAUCAGCGAUAGAUGAACCUGAUUUU